CUAGCGGCCGUAAUUGAAUUCAAACAAACGAGUCUUUCUCAGCACCUUCCCUUGAUGUGUGCCAGUAUAGCUAGCCAAUGCUAGUAGCUUGCUAACUACCUGCCUGGCAUUUUAACUAAACGAUACACCGCAUUAAUGACCAGACAUGAUAGAAACCGCUGCCAGAAACUGUUGAACAUAAGAUCAGCCCCACAUACACACUGGAAUCUCCUAGUCAACUAGUCAUCUCUUCAGUGCUUCACGCUACCCUGAGGGAACAUGGAUCAUCGUUUUGUCUCGGCUGUUCUGGUGCUUCUUCUGGGCCUCACACAGGCCUCUCUGCAGGAGGGAGAUGUGGCGGUGGACGUCUCUACAAUAAUUAUUGAGGCAAACAAAGGGAUGAGCCAUUUGUUGCUGGAAGGAGAUGUAGCAUUGCCAACGACUAGAAAUGCUAUGAAGUGCUUAAGCCAACAAUGCAAAUGGCCUAAAUCUGCAUCCGGACUGGUUGAGGUGCCAUACAAGAUCGACACUGUCUUUCGGAGCAAUGACGUAAACACAAUCAAAAGGGCCAUGAAUGGGUUUGCAACUCAAACCUGCAUUCGCUUCGUCCCAUAUGCUGGCCAGUGGAACUACCUCGAUAUUAGGAGUAAUGGCGGAUGCUGGUCCGCCUUGGGGAGGCAGCGAGGGGGGCAGCAGGUGUCCCUGGAUACCAGCGGCUGCAUCAAUAACGGCGUGAUUCAGCAUGAGCUUCUCCAUGCUCUGGGUUUCCACCAUGAGCACACCCGCAGCGACAGGGACAAGUACAUCAGGGUCAACUUUGAGAACAUACGUCCGGAGAAUACUAAGGAUUUCGUGAAGCAAGAUACUAAUAACCUGAAUACUCCGUAUGACUACUCCUCUGUCAUGCACUAUGGAAAACACGCCUUCUCGCACAGAGGGGAUACUAUCACCCCCAUCCCUGAUUCCUCUGUCACCAUCGGCCAGAGGGUCGGGAUGGGCAAGAUUGACAUCCAAAGGGUUAACAAGCUCUAUGAAUGCUGAAUGUGAAGAAGGAUGACAGGACCCUAGAAGGUGUCUCUCAAAGGAGUCAUAAGUCAAAGAAAAUAGUCUAAGUGAUGAUCCGUCAUGCUAGUAGUACU